AUUAUAUAAAUUCGGGCACUACGACCUGGUAGCAGAAUGCUCAAUUUUUAGGCCCCAGUUUUAUAAAACAAAAUUGUACUACACAUUUGGCUAGAGGCUAGCGGCAAGCGGCUAGCGGGCAGAGCAUGGCAAAGAAGGGAGGCGUGCAGCAGUUGCAGGCGGAUCUACAGAAUGAUGUGGACUUUAAAAAGUUCCUCGAACGUCCCGGACUUUUGGUUCUGGAUGUGUACUCCGAGUGGUGUGGCCCCUGUCUGGGCAUGGUGGGCGGCCUGCGUAAGAUCAAACUGGAAAUGGGUGGCGACAAUCUUCAAUUGGCCAUUUGCAAAUCGGAUACCAUAACAGCCCUGAGGCGUUUCCACAAGAGGAGCGAGCCCACGUGGCUAUUCGUGACCGGUGGCAGGGCAGUGAACAUUAUGUUUGGCACAGAUGUGCCAAAGCUGAUGGCCCUGCUCAACAAGGAGCUGGAAAAGACCCUACAGAAGGCACCUCGGACUGUCACCUAUGCGGUGAACGAGCUGCAACCCAUCGAGGUGGAGCAAUUGCGCGUCAAAACCGAAAUUGCGGAGCGUGUGCAGCGCAUAGAGCGCGAGGCCAAGCUUAAGAAGCAAACGGACUAUCUCACCUUUGUGACGGAUGCCAUUCUCGCGAAUUUACCGGACAUUGGGGUCACUGUCUUUGGGCCGCAUGUCAAUCGUGAUAUGUUCAAGAAGCUCCAAGAGCCCGCCGAAGCACUCAAGAUGCAGUGCAAGGAUCGAAAGGUCAUCCAAGUGACGGCCGAACAAUUUGAGAGUGUGAAUUUUGCAUGCAAGAAUCCAUUGCCGCCCGAUGUCAUCGAGCAGCUAGAUGGCAAGGAGCUGCUGAUGUGCUUCUGGAAGAUCGAUGAGGGUGCCGGCCCUGUGCCCAAUGUCCUGACAGCCUAUGCCAAAGAGCUGACCAAGGAGCGGGUGGCGCCACCAAAUGAAGAGUUCAACAAGGAGCAUCCCAUUCCGCCCAUUAUAGCUCCCAUGAAAAUCAAGUUCGAGGUGGAGCUUGCAGAGGGCGAAGAGUGGGUCGAGGAGAUCAGCUCCGAAGAGGAGGCCAAGAAGAACAAGCAUGCAAAGAUCAAGUCCAUCAUCAAUGUCCAACAGGAGGCACCCGCAGCCGACGACAACGCCGAUCUGGAUGGCGAGGAGGAGGGCAGCGAAGAGGAGACUCCCGAGCAGGACGUCAGGCAAUCACUGGCCAAUCUUGGCAUAGACCUGGCUUUGGACCUGGACUUCAAUGACCAGGUCGAAGAGGAGGAGGAGGUGGUCGAGGAGGUGAUUGUCAAGCCAAAGUUUCGCACCAAAACAGUGAAAAUGCCACCGAUUUGGGUGCCCAACAACAGGCGGACACAUGCCGCUCUCGUUUAUAUGUUCUUCCGGAACCAAACGACUGGCUUCCUGCCUCCCGAUCCCACGCCGGAGCCCCCACAUGUCAUCAUGGCCUUUGAAGCCUCCAAGCGGCAGGAGAUUAUGAAUGCCGUCGAACGCCAAAGGUCGGAUGUGCCUUCCUAUGGAUACUUUACCACCGAUGAUCCUGCUGAGGCAACACUGCUAGCCAGCUCAACAGAUCGUUACAACAAAAGCGUUGAACAGUCUCCGAGCGACAUGAUCGUACUGAAGGUCUCCAAGGUGCAAUCGAACAUGAUGCUCUCUCUGGUUGUGUUUGCACCCACCUAUGUCAGUCCCAAUGUCACUGCCGGGCGGGAGGAGGCCCUCAAGUUCUUCCCGGAGGACUACAAGCAGCAGCCGGAGGUUCCGGAAAAAGAAGAGGAGGACAAGACGAAGAAGAAAAAGAAGAGCAAGAAGACUGAAGACACCAGAGAGUCGCAUGAUGUCCCAGAACCAUCUCCAGAGAAAGUGGAGGCAGCGGCACCACCGCCACCGCCACAGGCAGAAGCACCACCACCCGAAGCUCAAGCACCCGCAGGCGAAGCGCCAGCUCCUGCUGCACCGCCUGCCGAAGGUGAGGCUGCGCCAGCAGAGGGCGGGACUGCUGCUGCUGCACCGGCGGAUGGGGCAGAACCAGGUCCAGAAUCAGCAGAAGGCCCCGCACCAACUGAAGCGGCAGAAGAGGCACCACCACCUGCAGCUGAAGAGGACCCCCAGGCGCCUACGGAAGGAACAACACCGGCCCCAGCCACGGAGGCGGCACCAGAAGAUGCAGCAGCUGAAUAACAAAUGUUUAUUAAA